AUGGAGCAGAACCUCUGGCUCUCCAACGCCAACGUGAGCAAUUCUGCUUCUUUCUGGGCUGCCAAGUCUGACGUGAAGUCACCGACCACGCCUGAGUCUGUCGAUCUUCUGCGGACCACACCACAAGAGCCACCGAAGAAUGCUGUAGGUGCCAAAGACGACACUAAGAAGUCCAAUUGGGCCGACAGCGAUGACGAUGAAGAGUUCCUCGCAUCGUUCACCGACACAUCGCACAUUCAGGAGCUGGAGAAGACUGUCAUCGCUAAGGAUGCUCGCAUCAUCGAUAUGGAUAACGCCCUACAAGAGAAGGAUGGUCGCAUCGCAGAGCUCGAGGAUGUUGUAGAGAGGCAGCAGCGCGGUCUCGACAAGAUGAAUAUCAGCACAGACGUUCUCUCCACCCAGGUUGAAGGACUAAAGACGGAGGCCCAUAAGCAGCUUUUCCAUGUGCAGGAGCUCAUCACAGAAAUUGAGAAAAAGGACCGGCGCAUUGCGGUGCUAGAGAUCGACCUUGACCGUCUCUGCGAUACGAUCGUAGGACUUGACGUUGAACAGGCAUCAAAACAAGCCUCUUCACACGAGACGUCCAUGGUUGUAGAUGAAGAGGUCACGAAGGAGAAGGAUUCCGAAAAGGAAGCUCAGUCGACGAAAACUGAGGAUGCACCUACCAAACCUGUGGUCCAGAACAACGACAAGGGCACAUUUGUUCUCGAUGCAGAUUCUCCAGAACCUAAGGCUACCUUUCCUGGAGCGGCUGGCUCUGUAGUGGACCUUUCUGGCUUCCCGGUGUUCGUCACCCCAGCUACCAUCAAGCAAACUGCACCACCUCCGCCAGCACCUAAAUUGAAGAUGGGUAUUGACCUCUCCAAGUUUGCGAAGAAGACUUCAUCUAAGACCCCAAUCAUUCCCAAGGCGAAAUCAGGGUCUGGCACAAGCAAGCAUGACAAAUGGGACAGCCCAGCCCCUAAGAUCGACUCCUCAUCAGAUGUCCGCACGAAAUCCUACGAGGAGCGUGUUUUGUUCGCGAACGGCCCAAAGGUGGAAGUGAAGAUGGGUGGUGUUUCUCUUCCCGCCGUUCCAAAGUACAUAUUGAUGCAGUGCUCAUCAAAGGCGUUCAAGCACUUCACCGAAUCACCAGAAGUUACUACCUUCACCUUGCCCGCCAAUUCGAUGGAUUUCGAUGCGGCAGCCGCCCAUCUUGGGUGGAUGAAGGAGAUGACCUACAAAGGCCGCGCAUACUCCAUCACACUCAACUCUGACGAGAAGUUCGACGACAAGAACCUUCAGAUCUGUCGUGCCGCUCGAGUGCUUGGCCUCAAUAACAUGUACGUGGGUCACUUCACCAAGAUCUUCUGCGACCGCAUCCGUUCUGACGCCGCUUCGUACGAGUUUCUGUCGAAGGUCGCUGCUGCUGCCUACCCAGAGAACGAUCCGAUCUACGACUGCCUGACUAACAACCUAGCCAACCUCCGCACCCGCACCACCGUCAAAGAGCCUGCUAAGCUCAAAGAACUCCUAGAUGCGUACCCAGGUCUCAAGACUUGCGUAGAGAAGAUCGGCGAGCGCAUGCACAAGAAGCAGCGCGGUGCCAAGGGCGAGAACAACACCAAGGUUGUUCACGUCGAUAAGAAGAUGUUCGUGUAA